CUAUUAUUAUCCUCAAUCUUAUUGUGCUUUCUCCUGUUUCGGACGCCUCUAUCGGAUUGUAGAGGAAGAAAAAAGCACCAGAUAGACAAUAGCCUCAGCUUCAUCACAUCUCAGGACACAUCAGUACCCAUCAGUACCGAUCAAACAUGCCAGCAACGCGCCCCCGUCCAUCUGACCAGCCACAACCCAAAAUGACAAAAGAAAACGUCCGAACCGCCAUCAUCGUCAGCGUCAUAAUCGGUACCCUCGCUGUCAUUGUACUGACCCUCUUCAUCUGGAGCAGACGCAUAAGACGGAGUGCCAAAGCGGGGACGAGCACCAGUUCGCACAUCGAAGGCCAGGAUGUAACAUAUCGUCCCUUGCAGCGACACGACAAGGAGUUGGAGGUUGGUGUGAUACAAGAGCCGCUGCCGGUGUAUCAUAGGGAGCCUAUGGAGGAUGAGAGACGGCUGGCUAUUGCUGCACGGAGUAGCGGUGAGAGGGGAAACGAUCGCGAAUCGCCACGUUCGGUAGAACCUCCGCUAGCCUCAUGCAAUCCGGGGUAAUCAGAAAGAGAUCAAGAUGAAGUAAUUUGGCUUGCUACACAGGUUUUGAGUCGUGUAAUCUGGAUGUUUUUGCGAUCGAAGGUUGAAAGGUUUUCGUGUUUUGCAGUUUUAUCAUGAU